UGAGACGCCGCAGGUAGCGCCAUCUUUUUCGGGCUUGUGCGUCGUCCAUAUUGCGUGCUGUGCAAGUAGGUCUGCGAAAUUAGUGAGAAUUUCAUUGCGAAAGACGUCAACUAAGCAGUCUUGACAUGCCGAAGAACAAGGGAAAGGGAGGUAAAAACAGGAGAAGAGGAAAGAACGAAAAUGAAACGGAAAAGAGAGAACUCGUCUUCAAGGAGGACGGUCAAGAAUAUGCUCAAGUUAUCAAAAUGCUUGGCAACGGACGGCUAGAGGCCAUGUGCUUUGACGGCAUGAAGCGACUGUGUCACAUCCGAGGAAAACUGAGAAAAAAGGUUUGGAUAAAUCAGGGUGACAUCAUUUUAGUUGGUUUGCGAGACUACCAAGAUGCCAAAGCAGAUGUCAUCCUCAAAUACAACCCGGAUGAAGCCCGAAACUUGAAGUCCUACGGCGAGCUGCCCGAGCACGCGAAAAUCAACGACACUGUCAACUUUGGCGAAGAGGAGGAGGACGACAACAUUGAGUUCGAUGAAGUCAGUGGCGAUGAGGAUAUUGAAGGGAUCUGAAGACCGGUCGAAAGCGUCCGGAACCGAUCCCCGCGGUAUCACCAUUUGCAGAAUGUCAAAAGCCACUGGUUUCUGUUGCCUCCCUUUCAUGCGAAAUUUACCAUUUUCUCCUCCCCAUGCUUGUGUCGUGUGGAGUCGGCAGAAGUAAAAGGUAUUACAGUGCUAUUUAUUUGCCUCGCUCCCAGGCCCAAGGAUUUGCAGACAGCAAGGACUGUGUCUUUGUGAAAACAGUUGCGUAAGCUGUCGCAACUGCAGGUAGAAGGAGCUCCGCUGCUGAAGUUGCUAGCACUCUGUCUGGACUUUGAAGAAGAAAGAAGAAAAAGAGGCAUGUCAUCAGUAACAGCUGUGCCCUGGUCUAGUUUUACCAGUGCCCGAAUGAAAUGGGUGAAUGUGGACUCUUCCUGUGUUACUGCAGUUUGGCCGGGCAACCCAGUAAAGAACCCUGCCGUGUCAACUAGCUCUGUUGUAGCUGUUGUAUCUGGAGUUGUUACCACUCUUUCGGUCUAUUGUUUUUACCAUGGUGUGUGCAGGGAAGUGGGCAAAUCGUUGUAUGUUUGUAGACAUUAAAAAAAGAGGCUGCUUCACUUGAAUGUUUAAAGUGUAUAUUUUGAUGUGCGUGAUAAUGGCUGCAGGAAGCACGUUUCACAUCAUAUUUUUCCCUGCUUUGUCUUAACCUUUGUGAAUAAGGAAAUGAUGUAACAAAGUACUAAUAAAGACAUUACUGCCAAUUCGA